AUUCCACUCAGGCGAAGCUUAAAAAAGCAAACAAUGGGGAAGUGGGCGGUUCCUUCCGCUUUGGUUCUUCUUUGCCUUCUCAGUCUCGUCUCAAAUCAAGAUAGAAAAGUUCAAGCAAAUGCGGACGAAGGAACCGUAGGUUCUCCAAAAGUGGAGGAAAACAUCGGCGCUGUGCCUCACGGUUUACAAACUGAUUCUGACGUAGUUAAAAGGGAAUCGGAAUCCAUCUCUUCGAGAUCGCUUCGCAGUAAUGCAGAGAAAUUUGAAUUCCAAGCUGAGGUGUCUCGGCUUAUGGAUAUUCUUGUCAAUUCUCUUUAUAGCAACAAGGAUAUUUUCCUCCGAGAGUUGAUCUCCAAUGCAUCUGAUGCGUUGGACAAGAUUAGGUUCCUUUCACUCACGGACAAAGAAGUGUUGGGCGAAGGUGACGCUGCCAAGCUGGAGAUCCAGAUCAAGUUGGAUAAAGAGAAGAAAAUUCUUUCGCUCCGAGACAAAGGUAUAGGAAUGACAAGAGAAGAUUUAGUCAAGAACUUGGGAACAAUUGCAAAAUCUGGAACUUCUGCAUUUGUUGAGAAAGUGCAGAGCAGUGGAGACCUUAACCUGAUUGGGCAGUUUGGUGUUGGGUUUUACUCCGUAUAUCUGGUAGCUGACUAUGUUGAAGUCAUUAGUAAACACAAUGAUGACAAACAGUAUGUAUGGGAAUCAAAGGCUGAUGGGGCAUUUGCAAUUUCUGAGGAUACUUGGAAUGAACCACUGGGCCGUGGAACUGAGAUUAGAUUGCAUCUUAGGGAUGAAGCUCAGGAGUACUUGGAAGAAUACAAAUUGAAGGAAUUGGUGAAGACAUAUUCUGAAUUCAUCAAUUUCCCCAUCUCUAUUUGGGCAAGUAAAGAGGUUGAUGUUGAGGUACCUGCAGAUGAAGAUGAUUCCGGUGAUGAGGAGGAAACCACUGAUAAGACUUCUUCUGAGGAAGGAGAAGAUGAAGAUGCAGAAAAAGGCGAGGAUGAAGACACUGAAAAGAAACCAAAGAAAAAGACAGUGAAGGAAACUACUUACGAAUGGGAACUUCUUAAUGAUGUUAAGGCUAUAUGGUUGCGCAGUCCAAAGGAUGCGACAGAUGAGGAAUACAUAAAAUUCUAUCACUCUCUGGCAAAGGAAUUUAGUGCUGAUAAGCCCAUGGCCUGGAGCCACUUCACAGCUGAAGGUGAUGUAGAAUUUAAGGCUGUCUUGUAUGUGCCUCCCAAAGCUCCUCAUAAUCUGUAUGACAGUUACUAUAAAGCUAAAUCCAACUUGAAGUUGUAUGUUAGACGAGUUUUUAUCUCUGAUGAAUUCGAUGAGCUUUUGCCAAAGUUUCUUAGCUUUUUGAAGGGUAUUGUUGAUUCUGAUACUCUACCACUCAAUGUAUCUCGAGAGAUGCUACAAGCUCACAGCAGUUUGAAAACAAUCAAGAAGAAACUCAUCAGGAAAGCCCUUGAUAUGAUACGCAAAAUUGCUGAGGAGGAUCCUGACGAGUCCAGUGGCAAAGACGAGAAAGAAGUUGAAAAAUCCGUUGAUGAUGAUGACGAUGAGAAGAAGGGACAAUAUACUAAGUUCUGGAAUGAAUUUGGAAAGUCCAUUAAACUUGGUAUCAUUGAGGAUGCAUCCAACCGAAAUCGCUUGUCUAAACUUCUUCGCUUCGAGAGCACUAAGUCAGAUGGUAAGUUGACUUCACUGGAUAAGUACAUAUCAAGAAUGAAAUCGGGGCAGAAAGAUAUCUUCUACAUUACAGGAACGAGCAAGGAACAAUUGGAAAAGUCUCCGUUCUUGGAGAGGCUUAAGAAGAAAAAUUAUGAGGUCAUUUUCUUCACGGAUCCCGUUGACGAGUACCUGAUGCAAUACCUGAUGGAUUAUGAAGGAAAACAGUUCCAAAAUGUGUCCAAGGAAGGCCUAAAAAUUGGGAAGGACAAGAAGAACAAAGAACUCAAGGAGUCAUUUAAGAAACUAACCAAAUGGUGGAAGGGUGCACUUACCACUGACAAAGUUGAUGAGGUGAAAAUAAGCAAUCGUUUGGACAACACUCCUUGUGUGGUCGUCACUUCGAAGUUCGGAUGGAGUGCUAACAUGGAGAGAAUCAUGCAAGCUCAAACCCUAUCAGAUGCUAGAAAGCAAUCAUACAUGAAGGGCAAGAGGAUCCUUGAAAUCAACCCAAGGCACCCCAUCAUCCAGGAGCUUCGUGAGAGAGUUAUUAAGGACCCUGAGGAUGAAGGUGUGAAGCAAACGGCUCAGCUUAUUUAUCAGACAGCUCUGAUGGAGAGUGGCUUCUCUUUACCCGACCCCAAGGAUUUCGCCUCACGCAUCUACAGCUCAGUUCAAUCUAGCCUAAACAUCAGUCCGGAUGCAACAGUUGAGGAGGAGGAGGAUGCAGAAGAGGCCGAGACAGAGACCGAAACAAAAGCAGGUUCAGGUACAUCUCAAGGAUGAGUUGUAGAUUGUCUGAAGCUUCAGGUGAUAUGCCUUUUUCGAGUUUUUCUUCUUUUAGUUCGAAUCCCUCUCAAGGGAAUCCAUCAAUGCAUUUUCAAUUGUUGAAACUUUGAUAAAAGAAAGCAUUUGAUGACGGUAGAGUUAAUGUAUAGUCGCCAGGAAUUUUGUCUUUGGUUCGAACUUGC